AUGGCGUUUACGUCUGAAGUGACACAAAAUAGAGCGAUGAAUUCUAUCGGCAAUCUAGAAGAAGUUGAUGAAACACGCGACGAUUGGACUGCAUAUAUAGAAAGAAUUGAACAGUAUUUCCUUGCGAACGAUGUAGCCGAUGAUAAAAGAGUUCCAGUUUUGUUGACAGUAAUCGGAGGUAAGACGUAUAGUUUAUUACGAACACUGACUUCCCCUGAUAAACCUUCGACCAAAUUAUUUGAUCAAAUAGUGGCAAUCUUAAAGGGACAUUUGUCGCCCAAACCCUUAGUGAUCGCAGAAUGAUUUAGAUUUCAUAAGCGGGAUCAAAGAGACGAUGAAAACAUUAAUACUUAUGUGGCUGAAAUUAAGAAGUUAUCCGAACACUGUGAGUUUGGUACAGCGUUAAAUGACUCGUUAAGGGACAGAUUUGUUUGUGGACUAUACAAUGAAUCUAUUCAGAAACGCUUACUUGUCGAAACCAGCCUUACGUUCGAGAAAGCGCUAAAACUUGCGGUUGCCAUGGAAACGGCCAUGAAAGAUUCACUUGAGUUGAGGGGGAAAGCGAAGACAAUACCUCCUGUGAACAGUAUUCGUGAAGUCCCAAUGCAACAUAAAUGUUAUAGAUGUGGGAAAGAGGGGCACGAACCCCAGGAAUGCUAUUUUAAAGAUCAAUAUUGUAGAAACUGUGGGAAAAAGGGCCAUAUAAAACGUGUAUGUAGGGGGAAGCCAUUUAAACAAAAUUAUCCUACCAAGCCAAGUUCGAGCAAGAAAAAGGGCCUGGAAGUGAAUAAGGUUCAAAACGAAAGUGACAGUGAUAGCGAGGACACCUUGGCAUCCCUAGAACUGCACAAGGUUUCCAAAACCCACACUAAUAUAAUCUGGGUAACCCCUGAAGUGGAAGGGAAACCCCUGCAAAUGGAAUUAGACACUGGCUCUGCUGUAUCUGUACUUCCAUUUAGUAAAUAUAACACAACGUUUAAGUCAAGCAAACUUCACCCAACAACCACUGCCCUCAAAACCUACACCGGGGAGAGAAUCCAACCCGUAGGAGUCUUGAAUGUCCCAGUUAGGUAUAAAGAAGAGAUUGUUACGGACGCUAGUAUAAUUAGUCUAAUUAUUUCGCGCCGUUUGUUGACAUUAGCAUAA